AUGUCCACAGUGUACAUAAUUGACGUUGAGAGCGGUAACUUAAGGAGCCUUACAAAUUCAAUCAAACAUCUCGGGAACUACAAAGUGGUGUACAUCCGAAAUCACGAUGAGUUCGAGAUGUAUAAUGAAGAUAUCGAGCUCUUAAUAUUUCCGGGGGUAGGUAAUUUUGGCCACUUCGUGAAGAAUCUUGAUGAGAGAGGUCUUAUGGAGCCCAUAAAGAACUACCUUGCCACUGGCAGGAAGUUGCUUGGUAUCUGUGUAGGUUUGCAGUGCCUAAUGAAAAGUUCUGAGGAAAGUCGAGGCGUGAGUGGAUUGGGUCUCUUGAACAUUGAGUUGUCAAAGUUUAACAAAGGUGACGAGCAAUUUUCUUUGAAAGGUCAGUCUAAAUCUGUUCCUCACAUUGGUUGGAGUCAUAACCAUAGAUAUUCUUCUCCUCAAGUCAUGGCUACUAUGAACGAGCCUCUUUACAGUAUAGGUACCGAAGACAAAUUUUACUUCGUGCACUCUUACGCUGCAAUAAUCGACUCUAAAGUAAAAGCUGAUUUACUUUCCGAAGCCGAGAAAGACGGCUGGAAAUUCGUUUUUUCCAAGUAUGGAUCAGAAGAGUUUAUUUCCGCAAUGUCUAAGGAUAAUUUCUUCGCUACGCAGUUCCACCCAGAAAAAUCCGGCAUUGCGGGUUUACGGGUUAUACAGGCGUUCUUGGAGGAGAAAGUACCACAUACAUCAUGCACGAAUAAAAGUUUUGUUCCCCACUCCGGAUAUCCAUCACGAAGAAUCAUUGCUUGUCUAGACGUGCGUUCAAAUGAUGAUGGAGAUCUAGUGGUAACCAAGGGUGACCAGUACGACGUUCGUGAAAAGUCAGAUACUCAAUCUGGUGAUGUUAGGAAUUUGGGAAAGCCAGUCGAACUUGCUACUAAGUAUUUUGAAGAUGGGGCUGAUGAAAUCACAUUUUUGAAUAUUACUUCAUUCAGGGAUUCUCCAUUGCAAGACUUGCCUAUGCUUGAGGUUCUUAAAUUGGCAGCACAGAAUAUUUUUGUUCCUCUUACUGUCGGCGGUGGCAUCAAAGAUAUGAUUGACCCUGUCACUGGUGAAAUCGUACCAGCGCUAAAAGUAGCAGAGCUCUAUUUCAAAUCAGGUGCAGAUAAGGUCAGCCUUGGCUCAGAAGCAGUCACAAUUGCUGAAGAAUAUUAUAGAAAUGGUAAGAUAAAGUCAGGAAAGUCGGCCAUUGAGCAAAUUUCAACCUGCUUCGGGAACCAAGCAGUUGUGAUAUCUGUUGAUCCUAGGAGAAAAUUUAUCAAGUCGCCGAAAGACACUAACAUGCAGUGUAUUCAAAUCUUUGAUGAGGAGAAGUACGGUCCCGACGGAGAGGAAUACUGUUAUUAUCAAGUGACCUCACAAGGAGGCAGGAAAGUCCAUGAAAUCGGAGCUUUGGAGUUGUGUGUCGCAUGCGAAGAACUUGGGGCGGGUGAAAUUUUGCUCAAUUCUAUAGACCAUGACGGAGGUAACAAAGGUUUCAACCUAGAACUCUUGAAACAAGUUAAAGAAAGCGUGUCGAUUCCAGUUAUCGCGAGUUCAGGUGCUGGAGCUCCACGUCAUUUCGCCGAUGUAUUUGAGAUGGAUUGUGGCAUUGAUGCUGCUUUGGGCGCGGAGUUCAAAUUCAUAUAUGAGCUUCCAAAGGGAAAAAUAUAUGAAUUUUUGGUUGACGACAUCAAGGGGCUCUAUCAUGAUGAGACUGCACAACGCUUUAGAGAGGAGUUUGGAAUAUCCAAAGAGUUUGAGAGGCAAUGGAUUUCUGUGGCUUUUUUUAAUCAUACAAAGAAAAAAUUGAAAACCCUUCAUUUAAUAGCUGAUACAAACUAUGACUUUCGGCGAGUCAAAUCAAUCUUUACAGGUUUUAAAAAGCUCAAGGAUGAUAUUGCUCAAAAUUUUUUUUUGAAUUUAAAUGAGCUUCGUGACUCAACUCGCAAUAUGGUCUUAGAGAAAGCGGAGUGUCAACCGCGGUCUGGUAGGGAGAGUCUUUCCUUGCAAGAUGUUGUGAAGUUUACCAAGCGCAUGAACAUCAACCUAGGUGAACGUCUCAUCUCGCAGGCUUUUAGACAAGCGUCGAGAAGUGAUCAAAUCUCAUGUGGAAAGUUACUGUUUGAGCAAUUUAAGAAUUUUGUGGAAAUUCUCAACGAACGCAAAGACCUUGACAUAAUUUGGCAGGAUAUAAUGAGGAGUAAGGCAAGCAUGAACUUUGAAGAAUUUCAGGAUUUUAUGAUACAUGAACAACACGAGGUGGUUGAGACAGGUAUUUUAAAAAAAUGGUUCUUAACAUUCGAUCGUGGAUACAAAGGCUCGUGGACGCAACAGGACUUGGAUGCAUUUUUACGUUCCAGAAUGUCAUCGCCCGUUUCCGAGCCCUACGCGAAGGAGGGGUAUUUUAGUAGACCUCUCAACGAAUAUUUCAUUCUAUCGUCUCACAACACAUACCUUCUAGGAAGACAAGUCAUGGGUGAGUCGUCCGUUGAAGGUUACAUCAAAGCUCUCCAACGUGGCUGUCGAUGUCUUGAAAUUGAUAUCUGGAACAGCGGGAAUGACGCGGAUCAUGAACCACUUGUUAACCAUGGCAGAACGUUCACCAAUGGCAUUUCAUUAAGAAAUGUGGUCAAAACCAUCAAAGCGUAUGCCUUCCAAGCGACACAGUUUCCGUUGAUUUUGAGCUUGGAGAAUCAUUGUUCACCUGAAUCGCAAAGGGAGGUCAUAUCAAUAUUGACGGAUACUUUUGGGAGCAUGCUUGUCACAGAGCCUUUGAACACAACUGCAUGCCUACCGAGUCCAGAUAGUUUGAAAUGUAGAGUUCUUCUCAAGGUUAAAAAAACCGACUUUUUCACAGCUACACAAGAUGACCAAUCCUUGAUGAUGAGCACAUCGACAACCGCUGCUCUGCUUAGUGAGGGUAACGAACAUCAGAACUCUAGUCUCAAAAUAAAACUACGGAAGAAAACCUCAACUAGGGCGGUAAUUCGACCUCUAAGUAAUUUGGGUGUCUACAUUCAAGGAAUCAAAUUCAGAAACUUUUCGCUUCCAGAGUCAAAAACAUUUAACCACUGCUUUUCCUUGAGCGAAAAGUCGAUUAAUAAUAUUCUCAAAGACGAAAACAAGCGUCAUUCUUUGGAUAAGCAUAAUCGAUUAUUCCUCAUGCGGAUCUAUCCAUCUAAAAUCAGGCUAAACUCAUCCAACUUCAAUCCGAUCAUAUACUGGAAUAAGGGUGUACAAAUGGUAGCCACUAAUUGGCAAACUUAUGAUCUUGGUCAACAGCUUAAUGAGGCAAUGUUCAAUGCUCCUUUAGGAGACGGGUACGUUUUGAAACCAAAGCGAUUGCGAGUACCAGUGUCAAAAUCUAACAGAUCCGAGACUACUAGUGACAUGAACAUACGGAAGCGUUUUACAAUCAGGAUAAUAAGUGCUCAUCAAUUACCCAAACCCGUGGAUUGGUCUGGUGAUAUCAAUCCAUUCUUAAGUUUAGAAAUUAUCGGAGCGAAAUACACCGCCUGGAAUUCUCGAAGUAAUCAUACAAGUAUAAUCGCGGGUAACGGCUUUAAUCCUAUUUGGAACGAGACAUUGUCUGGAACGUUUGACAGUGAAUCGGAACUCGUUUUUUUGAAAAUCACAGUUCUAUCAUCCAAUUCAACCAACGCAAUCGUAGAGCCUCAGGAGGUCGGUUUGGUGGUGCAAAACAUCUUUGAUGUGAAGGAAGGAUAUCGUUACUUUCAGCUCAAAGAUAUGUGUGGAGAGCAGCUACUUUAUUCAUCAAUUCUUGCCAAAAUAAGUGUCAUCUGA